UGGGAAGCGUGCUAUAGCCUUCGCCACCACGAUGCUAUCCAUGCUGUCGUUGGCCCUGCUGGUCCUUGGUGUCGAUGCCCACCCGAUGGCACCCACCUGCCAUGGCUUCGGGGGCCUCGGCAGCAGCUGUGUCGCUGCCACGCCAGGCGAUUCGGGGAAGAGGUUGAUUCCACUUCUCCUGGAUUUGCUGCAGGUGGACGUUCCGGGGUGCUCUUUGAAGCCCUGCUGGCUGCAGGGCAUCAGAGUGGGAGUGGAUGAAACCAACUCGGUGGACAGCCCGGCCAAAGUGGGCAUCUACCUGUCGGAUGGCAGGUUGGCGGCAACCUCCCAAGUCCUUGAAAUGCCAACAUCCUUGCAGGAUCAUACGUGGUUCUUCUUCCCUUUCUUCGGAUAUGACAAGGAGUUGCACACCCUUGCGGAGCAGGACCAUGUGUGGUUGGUCUUCAACACCGAGGCUACCGUCAAGUUGACCUACCACAACGCAGCCUCCUCAGAGGACGCCACGCGCACAGUCUCUGAGGACUUUGCGCAGGCCUUCGCGACGCAGAGGGACUGGGAGCUGGAGCCGGGACGGAGACAAUGGGCAGGACUUUUCCGCAGUUUGAGAGUACAGCUCGACGUGGGCGACAUCUCUGUGCUGCCCGGCAGCGGUCUCCCGUUGAUUUUGGAGGCGCCGCACGGUGGCCGCAUGACCUUUGGCUGGCCGCAGCGCGUCAGUGGGGUGCUGAACUCGGAUCAAAACACGGAUCUCUUCACGGAGGAGUUGCGCACUGACCUGACUCGGCGCUGUGGUCGCAGCCCCCCUGCUGUGAUUUUGCGCGUGGAUCGGCAGGGCAUUGACGGCAACCGUGCCACGGGCAACGGGACCCACACGCGCGCGGGGGAGCUGUGCACGCAGCAAAGCAACAGCGAAUGCUGCUGCCACUUGGCUGACCUUAACGACAUGGAGCAGGCUAUCAAUCUGAAUGAUGUGUACCACACCUUGCUUGCAGAGCAAGUAGCGCAGGGAAAUGGAGCUUUGUUGGUUCCCAUCCAUGCCACAGGCAAACACAGAGUCGAGGUGGGGGUCCGUUUGUCCGCUUCGAAUCUGAACGAAGGUGCCCAGCUCUCCCCUCCCUCGCUGGCACAGUGUUGCUCCUCCAAGAGCUCCCUCCGCGCCGUUGCGGGCGACGUCACGGAGGCCGUUUGGGGCGCCAGCAGCUUGGGGGCCUUGCUGAAAGCGAAGCGACCGGACAUGGAAGUGAUCCCUUCACCGCAGUUGAGGUGUCCGGAUGCAACUAUUUGUCCCGAUUCAUCUUACAGCAGCCUCUUUAUGGGCGGCUACAACCUGAAGAUCCAUGUCUCCUCGAGCCAACCGGGCGUUCAGCUAGAACUACCUCAGGUCAUGAGAGGCUUUGGUUCUGACCCGCCGACCGUGGAAACAGCUGCUGUGAAGCAAGUUGGAGCUGCGUUGGCUGCGUUUCUCAACGCGCAUUUCUCCGAGACCUGCGAAGCUGAUGUGAAUUUUGGUUUGGCUUGCGUGCAUGGGCAGGCAGUCUAUGGUACCUGUGUGUGCCUUACCGGGUAUGCAGGUGUGAACUGCGACAACUGUGCUGAUGGCUACUUGCUGGUGAAUGGCCAGUGCAUGCGCUUAGUGGUGCUUAGUCCGCCAGAUGGGGUGACGCAGAAGUAUGGGUCUGCUUUCACCACAACGAGCUCUGGAAAACGCUACUUGUACACACGCAAAUUCACAACCCAGUUGUCCGAGUGUGGUGCUGGCUGCCUUCCCCUGAACAUCAGUUUGCGAGUUCGCUGUGACAGUGAUCAAUGUCACAACGACUUAAAUGAUGCCAGCUACACCGUUGGGGUGGCCCUCUAUGACGCCACGGGUCAACGCCUUUGUGAUGGGACCACGGGGCAACGAGCCCCACAGGCGGAGACGGAUUGGUGGCUCCAAGUUCCAUUGCAGGGCUGUCCGCUGUUGCAAAGCACUCAGACGCAGCACGACUCUGUCUAUCUCAGCAUGUGGACCUCUAAAUGGCUGAAACUUCGCUGGGAACAGGAGCCAGCCGUGUCUGCUCGGAGCAGGGGCUUACAGUACAAGACCGAUCUGUAUCAACAAGAUCCAAGUCUUCAAUCUUCGGAAAACUUGGUGGAUGCUCUGCCUCCUUCCCAGCUCCCCAGUUGGAUAGACGUUCCUUGCGUCAGUCCCAACUGCGCCAACGAAGAGGGCUGCGAUUGCAUCAGUGGUUGCACGUGUCGCAGUUGGACAACAAGCGGCAGCAGCAACUUCUAUGGCUUGAUGGCCACCCUUAGCAUGCAGCCAAACUGA